ACAAAAGGCAGAAAAGCUCCAGGUCAGGGCGACACAUUUCCAUUUAAGGCACUUUUUUCAUCACCUCCCCUCGUUCCCGGCCGGUCGCACUGCUUCCCAAAGCCCCGCGUCUCCUAUUGGGCCCUGUCUGCACGCUGUCGUAAUUGCUCGGUGACAAGUGGAGAUGAAGGAAUAAUUGUCAGGAGAUAGGGGUCUUUUUUUUUUUUCUUUUUUUUUUUUUAAUGGGUGCACUGCCGAUUUAAGUAUGCAUGAGCGACGCGUGAGGGACGGGGCCAAAGAGGCGCUUGUUUAUGAUGCGAGUCUGUAUAAACACAGUUGGAGUGAUGACACUGAUAAUCGCAUGCUCUUCCCCGUGACGCGCGACUCUCCGCGAAACACCCUCUCCAGCCUGCCGUCCCACACCGCUUACCUGCAGGCCCUACAAGCAGCAAGGCAAUUACUCCUACAGCAACCAGGCAGUGGCCUGAAAUCUCCAAAGAACAACGACAAACAGCGUCCGUUGCAGGUGCCAGUGUCUGUGGCAAUGAUGAGUCCACAGGUGAUCACACCCCAACAGAUGCAGCAGAUCCUUCAACAGCAGGUCCUUUCCCCCCAACAGCUCCAAGCCCUCCUACAACAACAACAAGCAGUCAUGCUUCAGCAGCAGCACCUGCAAGAGUUUUAUAAGAAACAACAGGAGCAACUCCAUCUACAGCUUUUGCAGCAACAGCACCCAGGAAAACAAGUGAAAGAGCAACAGCAGCAGCAGCAGCAGCAGCAGCAGUUGGCAGCACAGCAGCUGGUCUUUCAGCAGCAGCUCUUGCAAAUGCAGCAACUGCAGCAGCAGCAGCACCUGCUCAACAUGCAGAGGCAGGGCCUCCUCUCUCUGCCCCCCGGCCCAGGACAGCCCACCCUCCCCGGACAGACUCUGCCGCCAGCUGGUCUGAGCCCUGCCGAACUCCAGCAACUUUGGAAAGACGUCACCAGUAGCCAUGCCAUGGAGGACAAUGGGCUAAAACAUAGCGGCCUGGACUUGAGCACCACCAACAACUUGUCCACUACCUCCACCAGCAACCCCAAAGCUUCUCCGCCCAUCACCCAUCACUGCAUCUCCAACGGCCAGUCCCCGGCCCUCAACAACCGGAGAGAGAGUUCGCUGCAUGAAGAGACCGGAGCAUCACACUCCCUCUAUGGUCAUGGAGUGUGCAAGUGGCCAGGAUGUGAAAGUAUUUGUGACGACUUUGGACAGUUUUUGAAGCACCUUAACAAUGAACACGCUCUGGACGACAGGAGUACCGCCCAGUGCCGAGUACAGAUGCAGGUGGUACAACAGCUAGAGAUACAGCUUUCUAAAGAACGUGAGCGUCUUCAGGCGAUGAUGGCACACUUGCACAUGAGGCCCUCAGAGCCCAAACCAUCACCAAAACCGCUGAAUCUUGUCUCCAGCGUCACCAUGUCAAAGAACCUCCCGUCUGUCUCGCCCCCCAACUUACCUCAGACGCCCACCACGCCCACCGCUCCAGUCACGCCCCUUUCCCAGAUGCCCCAGGUGCCCAAUGUCCUCAGUCCCGCCAAUGUGCCCAGCAUGGGCGCCAUGCGCAGACGCCACACUGACAAAUACUCCAUGCCCUUGUCCUCAGAGAUCGCCCCAAACUACGAGUUUUACAAGAACGCCGACGUCAGGCCGCCGUUUACUUAUGCAACCCUCAUCAGGCAGGCCGUCAUGGAGUCAGGUGACAUGCAGCUAACGCUCAACGAAAUCUACAGCUGGUUCACGCGCACCUUCGCCUACUUCAGACGCAAUGCCGCCACCUGGAAGAACGCAGUGCGACACAACCUCAGCCUGCACAAGUGUUUCGUCCGAGUGGAGAACGUAAAGGGCGCCGUGUGGACUGUGGAUGAAAUGGAAUAUCAGAAACGCAGAUCUCAGAAGAUAACAGGGAGCCCAACGCUGGUCAAGAACCUGCCAUCCAGUCUGGGUUAUGGGGCAGCUCUCAACGCCAGCUUACAGGCUGCGUUGGCGGAGACCUCUUUGCCGCUGCUGGGUAAUCCAGGCUUGAUGAAUAGCGCGUCAGGUAUGAUGGGGGCGAGUCCUCCAGGACUGAUGAGCGGCAGCCCGACCGGCCUAUUACAGGGCAGCAUGCAUGAAGAUCUCAACGGCACACUAGAUCACCUGGACACUAACGGACACAGCAGUCCCGGAUACUCCCCACACACCCAACUAUCAUUUUUUCGCUUACACAGGCCUCCAAUUUACGUCAAGGAGGAGCCACUAAACAUGGACGACGAGGACUGUCCGAUGUCAUUGGUGACCACAGCCAAUCACAGUCCUGAGCUAGAUGAUGACCGGGAGCUUGAGGAGGGCAACCUAUCGGAGGAUCUGGAAUGACUAUUUUGCCCCACCCCUCCGCCGGGGCUCUGCCCCUUUCAGGCCCCGCCCCUCAACUAAUCCACAACCACCACGAACGCAAAAAGACUGGAAGCAGCAGGCGGGAGUAUUUAUUUAGCAUGCAUCUGGAGACUGGCCCAAAUAAAAUCGAUAGCGCAGAUCUUUAGGGACCACAGAUGGACAGACAUGAGACGUCUGCUGUUUAAAAACAAACAUAAAAGGAAGAACAAAAGGACAAGAUUUCAUUGGAAGCAGCUCGGCCACCUCACACAACGAACACGAGGCUCACGGACUGAAAAAAGACAGAAGUGAAACGGGAGUGAGUCCGUUUUGUAGAAAGCCAACGGCCACAUAUACUGCCAAAAAAAGAAGUUUUAAGUUUGUGAAUAUCCAAGCCACAUUAGUCGUCGGUGUUAGAUGCAAUUGCUGGUUCAAUUCAAGUUGUUGCUCUGUUAUUUUUUGCAC